GCGAUUAUCACCUGUGCAAAUGGAUGGUUAAAGUUAAAGUUGGUAAAUUUUCACACACAGUUUUAGAAAAGGACACCCGUUACAUUGUUUCCAUCAGUAGCAAGGGAUAUUUAAAAUACACCAUCUCAUAGAGAGGAUAGCACAUUCUACGUCGUUUGAUAUACCAGUCGUGGUGCACUGACUAGAACGAGAAAUUUCACGAAGGGUCCAUCGACAAGUAUCGACCAUAGACAGACCGUGCAUCAACCGAGCGCUUUACCACUUGUCUACAUCCCGCAACAAUUGCAAGGACAUUGGGGAUGAUUUUAAAAUCGCACAUUCGAAUUUCAACCCAUGAACAUGGACACUAAAGUGUGGUAAAUUUACAAACCUGUAAAACAGGGAAAUAUCCUUAAAAACAGAUUAGUUAAGAGUCUAAAAUCUGAAAUGUGUUUGGUGAGGGAUCUAACGUUACUUGUCUAUCUAACUGGUAUGUGCUGCUCUUCUCAGCAGGCCGACCUAGGUUUGACAAAGCACGACUAUUUACGAUUGGAAUAUUCUUCACUUGCGGCCUGUAAAGCAGAGUGCAGACAUCAUCAACGAUGCAGGUCAUUUAUGUUUGAUCCACGCAUGCUCCAGUGUCACUUGAAUGACGUAGAUGUGCAGACAGCAGCACAAUACAUGGCAGUUCUCUCAGGAACCAUUUCUGGUGACAGCAAUCAUAAGGUCAGUGACCCGUGCACUGGAUUUUCCUGUUCGUGUAAAAUAUCCAGAUGUUCUGUUUGUAGUCACUGUGACGUCAGCUCGAGAACUGGGAAGCCAUUUUGUGUCAUUGACAUCAACGCCUGCCUGGAAGUUCCAACUGUCAAGAACGGCUUGGUAAAACAGAGAACAGACUGUCUGACGGGGGUCACCAGACACUACACCUGUUACCAUGGUUACACGGACCUGGGUAACGGAAGCAUCACGUGUUCCAACCAUGGAACGUGGAGUACAGGAGUGUGUGAAAAAGUGGACACGUGUGGCUUGGCCCUUAACAAGUCUGCUACCCAGAGUUCUACCGGGUAUUCUGGUGACGCAAGAAGAGCGGUUGAUGGCAACACAGAUGGGGACUUUUACGGCAAUUCCUGCACAUCGACAAAAAACGGGAUUGGACCUCAUUGGUGGUCUGUUGACUUACAAGCCGUCCACGUGAUCACGCACCUGUUUAUCACCAACAGGCUGGAUUGCUGCGCUUAUCGUCUUACCAACAUCACUAUCCACGUGAUACAUGACAUCAGUGAAGAAGACACAACCAUGAACUUGUGCGCCAACGUCACAGGACCCGUGGGAGCUGGAGUCACGAAAAGGUUUGCGUGUAUGAGACCAGUGCACGGUCGUUAUUUAAGAAUCACCAAACAAGGAUAUCAAUUGCUGACUCUCUGUGAAGUGGAUGUGUGUGGUUACACAACGCACUGCGGUCUAGCAGUAAACGAGGCAGCCGAUCAAAGCUCGACGGUCCUGGAUGCCAUCGCACUGCGAGCAGUUGACGGAAAUACAACGAGUAGAUAUUGGGAUCAAUCCUGCUCUCACACGGAUGGUGGCCCAAACCUGUGGUGGUCUGUAGAUCUGGGAAUAACCGCUUAUGUGACCAGCAUCAUUAUCACAAAUCGAGGCGACUGCUGUGGCGAACGUCUGUCUAACUUCACAUUGCACGUGCUGGAUGAUGUUUCACAGUCACGUGACAACGACACGGUGUGUAACGGAGCAGAAUCGUUUGGAGCUGCAGUAACGAGAGAGUUUGUAUGUCAACAGAAUGCAAUUGGUCGUUACGUCAAAGUCACCAAGACAACCACAACGCCCUUGACGCUUUGCGAAGUAGACGUCUGUGGAACAGCAUCACCAAUAGUGCCAUGUGGCGUGAAGGGUUUCCUUGCCGUGGCUGGGAGGUGCAUCAGAUUACACUACGAGGAAGCUGACUGGAAUAAGGCGAACUCCACCUGCCAGUCAGAGGGAUCCAGCCUUGUGAAGAUCGAGACUAACUCCUCCAACACAGCCAUCAAAACAUUUCUACAGACACACGAUAUUCUCAUGAGUCACAGUUACUACAUAGGAGGGCGGUGGUCGAGUGAUGACGCCAGGUAUACCUGGGAGGAUGGCACACCGAUAGAGUUUACUGCUCGAUGGCAAACAGGACACCCACAAGAACCAGGGGACGGAAGAUGUGUGGUUCUGGACAACAUUUCAAACAUGACCUGGAAGGACAGCCCGUGUGGAAAUCUGCUGUGGUUUAUCUGUGAACUGAAAUAACAUGUGAUUGGUGACAUUUGAAAACCAUAAUAGAAUAAUAGCUAUUGGUUUACUUAUUAAUUAAAAUAACAUGUGGUUGUGACAUUUGAGAACUGGAAUCUAAUACUAGCUGUUGGUUUAUUUAUUUAUUAAAAUAGCAUGUGAUUGGCGACAUUUGAAAACCAGAAUACAAUAAUAGCUAUUGGUUUACUUAUUAAUUUAAAUAACAUGUGAUUGGUGACAUUUGAUAACUAGAAUCUAAUAUUGUAUAAGCAGGAAAAUAAAUUGAAAUUGAAAUGAAAGGUUGGAUCGAUAGGAAGUAAUAAACUGGAAAAGUUACUUCGUGGAUGCCCAAUACCACAGAAUACAUUUGAGACGUUCCGAAUAGUCGUUAACCAAUGCAUUAUUUAACUAUAUCGUAAAGAAGAUUGUAGUCGAUAGAGGGACACUUACGGUUUCUUUGUGGAAAGGUUGUAAUGGUUACACGUGCCAGUCGUCAUACACAUCGUAACAUACUACAAUUAAUCUUAGCUAUGGUUCUUUUGUGGAACGUCUGAGUAUGAAAAAAAAAAUCAUCCGCAAACUGAAUCGUGCAGCCGUUGUAACAUACGUUUGCAGAUGAUUUUUGUUUUCAUACUCAGAUGAAUGUAAACGAAAUAACGGACAAUACUUAUAAUUAAAUUUAAAUCAUACCUGCAAACAAUAACACUAAAUUUUCAUACUCUAUAUUGAAUUAUUUUUGGUCCAUAAACAAUGAAUAACGCCCAAUAAGACAACUUACCCAUAAAAAAUGACGUCAUCAGAUAUGACGUUCCCUGACAACGUAAUUUUCUUACGUUCAUCGAGUAAUUAACAAGCUACCGUUGCUACGUCUGGACAAAGAAAGAAAUGUUUUAUUUAAGGACGCUCUCAAC